UUAUGAGAUCUUCCACUCUAUCCUAUUCUCUUUGACUUGAAUUUAGUCAAUAAUUUUCUGUUAUAAGAUUGUCGGCUUAAAUUGUUUGUGCCAUACAUUUGAUUUGAGAAUACAUUGCUGAUUGCUUGUAAUUAUAUUUAUAAAAUCUUGCUGUAACAUAGAAUAUUUGCUAACACACCUCUGUGACACUUAUCAUCCAUCAGAAAUACAAGAUAUUUAUAAAAAUGGCGGUCUAUACUAGACUUCUAUGUCGGCGUAAUGUCGAUUUUCGACAUUUUCGGUGUCUAUACACUUGCAGAUCACUCAGUGCUACAGUUUCAAAUCCUUCACAUACAAUAAAUUGUGAAUCCCAUGAUGAGAAGAAUACACGUCUAAAAAGACCGAUGUCACCACAUUUAACUAUCUAUCAAGUUCAAUUAACAUCAUUGCUCUCAUUAACACAUCGUACUACUGGUAUAAUACUAGCCAGUUAUGCGAUGUUUCUUGGUUUAGGCACAUUAUUUAUACCAGGUGGUAUUCCCUGCUUCAUAGAAACUGUGAAUAAUUUAUGUUUACCUUUACCUGUACUGUUUGCUAGCAAGACUUUACUUGCUUUGCCUGUUACAUAUCAUACAUUUAAUGGAAUACGUCAUUUGGCUUGGGAUAUGGGACUUUUUCUAACAAUUAAAGAAGUGUAUAGUACUGGAUAUGUAGUAUCUGCACUAGCAGUUAUCUCCGCAUUUGCACUUGCAGCAAUGUAAGUGUAUUAUAUGUUCUUCAGGGAAAACAUUUUUUUUAAAUUAGCUGUCAGAUUACAUCAAGUAUUGUAUUGCUGUGUUAUAUUCAUUAUUAUUAGAAUAAAAUAAUUUAUUCAAAUUAA